AUGUGUCCUAAAGAACUGUGGGAUGCACUAGCAAGCCGUUUUGGGAGCAUUGAGGAUUGCCUUCUCCCACAGUUGAAUGAACAAUGGAAUGACAUCCGGUUUCUUGGUUAUGUGAAGGUAGGUGAUUUCCAAAGAGAUAUGCUUAAGCUACAAGCACACCUCAAUUUCUGUGGGAUAAAACUUACAGAUAAAGAUAUGAUUCAAAAGACAUUGUCUACUUUACCUUUGUCAUCGGUUAUUCUAGCCAACCAAUACCGCAUAGAAGUUGAUAACAAGAGAAUAACAACUUUUAGUAAGUUGAUCAACCUAUUGCGGGUAGACGAAAGGCAUAAUGAAGUUCUAGCAAACAACAAUGCUAGAGCCCCCGGGAAGAAGAAAAUUCCCGAGGCUAACUAUGACAAGGAUAACAAGGGAAAAGACCCCAAAGAAAAGAGGGUUAAAAAUGAUUCAUAUUCUCAUGCUCCAUACUCACGUGGGGAUAAUAACCCACGUGGAAGAGGACAAAAGGGUCAUCGUGGUAGGGGACAUUGGUGUGGAGGCCAUUCAAAUACCUGGUCUAGAGAUGCUACUUCUGGACCUAGUGGUAGGGGCAACACUGUUGAAAAAACACAUAAGAACCCCACACCUAAGAAGGUAGAGAAUGGCAAUGCACCUUGUUGCAGGUGUGGAAUCUCCGGACAUUGGUACCAGCAAUGCAAGGCUAGUGCCAAGAGAAGUGAGCUCGAUUUUCUGCAAGACAUGGAAGUAAUGAUGGUGCUCGGGUUUGGUGUUGAUAAUCAUGGUUCAAUGGAAGAUGAAUCGGAGGCUCCUAGUGUUAAUGCUUCAACAAGUAGUGCUCCGGAAAGAAGCAACCCAAGAUGGCUUGAAGAGGAUGUCCCUCGUCGACCAACGGGAAAAAGGGCUCAACAAAGGGAAGCUUCGGAGAUAUCGGCCAUCAAUGACGGAACCGUCCGUAUUUUGAAACAUUUUAGUGAAGAGAAUGCAAAGAAUAUGGUAAGAUUGGAUGGACAAGAAGAAUAUUUAUUAACUAUUGCAGAGAUAAACAAGAAAUCCUUGGAUUUAUCUUUGGAGAAACAUGAACUCGAAGUGUUGGAUGUGGAGGUUGAGACCUUGCCGGAAUGGAAGCAGCAAUUUAUGUUGGAUAAACAAAAUAAGAUUUUGGAAAAACAUGGUUAUCCUCCUAGAACACUUGGUGCAAACUAUGGUUAUCGUAGCACUAGCAAUGUUCGUCAUUUCAAUAUAUGA